AUCGCGGGCGGUGGCAGCGGCAGACGAACCCGUUGCCCUGCAGAUUGUGCCUUCUCGCGUCCGCCCUGCUCAGCCUCAAUUUCGAGUUGACAGAGAGCGCACGAGACGCUCAGUGCAAGCGCGCCGCCGCAGCAGUAACAACCCACAACGCGCCGGACCUGCGCUCCAGUGUGCUGUCAUUGUACAUCCCUCAUAAGUUGUUCUGUUUUCUCCUACAUACGAAUGAAUAUUCUCUGCGUUAUAUUGAGACCUCUGACAUUUUAAUUCAAGUUACUGCUUUUAAAUUAGAAACUUCGCGUGGGAAGGAACCGGUGCACACUGAAGUCUGCUGAAGCCAGAGGUUUGCUUUAGAAAUCAGCUGCGUGGAUGCGUUUACCCGCGUAGGAACGGACGCGCUUCUCUUCGACCUUUGGAUUUGAUUUGCACAUCACACUUAUUCUGUCCAGGAUGGGAUUGCUCGUGCUGCUCGUGCUGUGCGCUCUUACCAUGCAGGUAUUCGGGGAGAGUAACGCCAAGACAUGCUCGGAACUCCGGCAGUUCUACCACAGCAAGGGGUUCAGUCAGAACGGAGUCCCGCAAUCAGAAAUAUCCGGUGAGCACAUGCGGGUGUGUCCUCAGACUUACACCUGCUGUACCACUGCAAUGGAGGAGAACCUUCUGAACCUAAGUAGACAAGAGUUUGAGAGGCAAGUCAAAGAGUCUGGACGCACCUUACAGGCCUCCCUUAAUGGCCAAUACAAGAGUUUUGAUGAUUAUUUCUUGGAGCUGAUAAACCGUUCUGAAGCAUCUCUUCACACCUCCUUCCAGACCGGGUUUGGAUCUCUCUUCUCCCAGACUGCAAAGGUGCUACAGGAUAUGUACUCUGACCUUCGGCGGUAUUACCGAGGGUCCAAUGUCAACUUGGAGGAGGUGCUGAAUGAAUUCUGGACCCGUCUGCUGGAGAGGCUCUUUAAAGCUUUAAACCCUCAGUACAGUAUCGGAGAGGAAUAUCUGGACUGUGUAUCCAAGCAGUCAGAGACUUUGAAGCCAUUUGGAGACACACCCAGAGAACUCAAGACCAAAAUCACACGGACGAUUAUUGCUGCCAGAACGUUUGCACAGGCUCUGGUGAUCAGUGGUGAAGCGGUUCGGAUAGUCUCGCAGGUGUCUCUGAGCCCUGAAUGUGUGAGGGCUGUCAUGAAGCUAACAUACUGUCCUCACUGUAGUGGUGUGGCCUUUGCCAAGCCCUGCUCAAACUACUGUAAGAACGUAAUGAAGGGCUGCCUCGCCAAUCAAGCGGAUCUCAACUCUGAGUGGAAAAACCUGGCAGAUGUUAUGUUACAGGUCGUUGACAAAUUGAGCCGGCCCUACAGUGUGGACUCUGUGGUUCUGUCUCUACCCAAGCGUAUUGCUGAGGCUAUUCUCUACAUGCAAGACAACCUCAAUACUUUUAACAAUAAGGUGUUCCAGGCAUGUGGUUCUCCUGCUCAGAGCUCCAUCACUGAUGACCAAAUCAAACGUGGGAUAAACACAGCAGACGAGGUCGGCAGCACCCCUGGAGCUCAACUGGAGAAACUAUUAUCAGAUGUUUCCAGAAUGUUGAGGGAUAUGAUGCAGUACUGGGUCCAUUUGCCCAGUAAAAUGUGUGUGGAUCGUGAGAUUGGACUCAGUGAGGUAGACAGAUGUUGGAACGGCAUGAGUGUUGAUAGGUAUCUACCAGAGGUGAUGGGAGACGGAUUAGCCAGCCAGAUUAAUAAUCCUGAGGUAGAGAUUGAUGUCACCAAACCAGACAUGACCGUACGCAAACAGAUCAUGCAACUCAGGAUCAUGAUCAACCGACUGAAGUUCGCUAUCAAUGGAAAUGACGUGGACUUCCAGGACACCAGUGAUGACAUCAGCGGAUCAGGUAGUGGAAUGUGUGCUGAGGACCAGUGUUCCCGUGGCACCCGUGUAAUAGUCCUCAACACGGACAAACCCAAAGUCUAUGACAAUCCGUCAGAGAAGAAGAAGGUGGUCAAAGGCAGAAGCAGCCAGAAUCUUCCAUGCUUCAACCUCUACCUUCUCUCAAUGGUCACAGUCUUGCUGAGGCGAUAAUUGACAGGCGUCUCCACCAAUUGGGACUGUGUAUAGGAUUGGGACUGGGUUGGAUUGUGGAGGGGCAGGGUUAGAUACAUUGCCAAAACAAACAUGCAAACAUACAUCAAAGGAAACUAGUAAAUGCACCACUUUUUUUUUGACGUCAAUAGGAACAAUAUCAUGGAAUUUUCUUAGAUCUCUGUAAUUUUUUUGUCUCUUAUUUGAUAUAUGGCACCCCUAGAGCUUGUCUUUAUGUCUGUGGUUGAAAAAAGGUAUCAAAGACGUGUUCCAUGAAUAAUUGUAACAAUAGCUAUGAGUAUCUGCUUUCAACUCAUUAUCCACCCCAAUCAACAAAACAUGUUUGUUUUUACACAUUCAACAUUUUUAUUUUAGAUUCUAUUUAUUUAUUAAUUAAUACCCUGGUGUUUAUAGAGCAAAUCUUGUUAUUAGCAGCAGUAAAGAAUUAGUCGGUACAUGCCCCUUUAGCAUGAAAACUAUUUUACGGAAUUGGUCCCAGCGAACAAAACGACUAAAUGAGCCUCUUGUGUUCUCAUGUUUGUUUUGAAGCUUUUAUAAUCAUGAAAACGACCUCUACUGAAUGCCUAUGAAGACCAGCUGUAUCACACUCUCUGUCUCUUUCUCUCAUUUACUGUACAAGUUUUCACAAUCCGCUUCGCAAACAAGUUUCAGGGGCCAUUUUAAAGAAAACACAACAUGUAUUUACUCUGGUUGUAAAUAAACGUGUACUAACACAGUCACAUUUUCAGUAAAUCUUUGAGGACCCGCAACAAAAUUAGCACUAUUUGGGAAGAGAAGGUAAUACACCAGCAGUGAGAAAGAGAUAAAACUAUGUGCUCUAAAGAGAAAAAGAGCCCCACGCUUUCAAUGUGGGACCAAUAUACGAUGUUUGCCAUCCUAGAAAUGGAUUUUACUCCUAUAGUUGGAGAAUUAAAGACUCACAAACAACAGAAAAGUGUUCAAUACAUGCUGCGUAUAAUGUCAGAUCAGAUCAGUGGAGUCACCAGGUGUCUCAAGAAUUUCCAACUCCACACCUUGCCCUCAGCGGACAAGCUGAGUUGGUUAUGGAAUGCGCACAAUGGUAAUGUUGAAAAGAUACAUCUCAGCUACAUGGAGAAACAUUGCUGCAACAUUUUAGCAAGAAAGGUUUGCUGAUUGUGGUCUGUGCAGACAGUCAGGCCAGAAACAUACCUUAUGCAAAUACAUAAACAUUAAUGCAUGGCCAACACAUUGCAAGCAUGCUCUGCUAUUAAACAUACUUAAGGUGCCGUUCAAAGCAAAGGCGUUCUUGCACUACAGUAUAAGAAAAAAGCGAGACACAUCGCAUUGAAUAGAACACAGGUGUUCGAGAUACGUUUUUAAAAGUUUAAGUUCUUGUUAAUGUCACCACUUCUCAAAAACACAGCGCUCCAGCCCGAAAUGGUGAAAAACAGUAAGGCACUGGGGUGAAACAGUCAAAGGCUAUUGAAUAUAGAAAAACUAUUGAAAAAAAAACAUGUGGACGGACACAACACAUGCUCUUUGUGUACGGCCCCUUAACAUCCAUUCUUGCAUUCCUCUGGCGGUAACAAACCUCAGUAUCCAAGGGGAGGACUUGUACUUGCACUGCAUUGCACUGCAUUAUUGCUUUUUGAAAUAUUUCCGUAUGAAAAUCGAGCUUGCAUAGCUUGAAGAGUUCCCGUAGCUCAAGUGGUCAAGUAUGAAGCGAGAAACGGCAAUGUCUUGUGUUCGAUUAGGCUAUCAGGGUAAACGUAAACUAUUAAAAUGCAUACCUUGAAUGCACUGGAAGUCACUUUAGAUAAAAGCAUCUGCUAAGUGAAUAAAUGUAAUUGUAAUUUACAUGUAGAAUAUUUGCGUUCACAUAGUUUCGUGGAAUAUGUUUCGAGCCUAAGAGGGAACGAUUGACGAAACCUGAGAAGGAUGUUGCCAGCCUGGUCUCAUGAAUUUUACGUGAGCAUUGCAAAGUUUUUCGCAAAACUGAAAUGGCGUGCUUCAUAACGUGUGUGGUUGCAUUUAUCAAGGGAAAUGUCCAGCAGGGGGUGCCAAAACCGAGCGAAAUUAGGUUGUAAUAAGACAAAGUUUUUAAGGUGACUUUUAGAUGGAGGAUUUAAUAAAACGUACCUCCCUAACCUAAAACUUUACCCUAAACUUGACCAAUAGUGCCUGAAAAGAGAAAUGAGAGUUUAACAAAACAGACAUCCUUACUCUUAACGAAAAUCUUACAUUAACCGAUAGUGUUUUAAAAUGCAGAAGGAUGAUGAAAGCACAUUUUCUGAAGCAACCAAGCCAGUUUGUGACGCUUCGAUGUCUCUGACGUGUCAGCUUCAAUUCUAGUCUGGUUUUGAACCGCAGUCCUCCGAAUCCAAAGUCCAAUGCUCUAUGAGGUGCGCUACCAUGCAAGCUAAUAAUAUUGGAAUAAGUGUAUAUAUGUAGGUGGGUCUGUAAUGCAAAUAAUGUUUCAAAAAAUGUGCUAGAGUAAAAGUGUCUCGAUAUCAUACCAUAGAAGGGUCUGAGUAAUAGAGAGAAAAAGAAGUGUUUAUAAAGUCAAAAUCAGCCACUCAAGUCAUGAUUUGAGAGAAAGUGAAUAAAACACACAGUUGUUGUAACACCUCUAGUGUUAAUUCCACCUGGAAACUGCAGGUAAUUGUACCUGGAGACACGUAUAAAACUGUAUAUAGAGUCACGUUUUCACUAUGAGACCAUGUUGGCUUUGCUGCUGUCUGUCAUACCAUCAGUGGACUCAUGUCUGUUACAGGAAGGAAAAGUUACAGGAAGCUAUCCUGAAUGAUGAUUAAGGUUGUCAUCUGACCAGGUCAUAAAGAUGAUUAUGUCACAUGAAGAACAUCCCCCAUCCUCCUCCCCAUUUUAAAACGCUGCACUUUGCAUGGUGCACACAGACACGCAUCAAUAGAAUUGCAUGUCCACAUGACUGGAUUGCAUGAUAAGGGAUCGCAAGCAGAGAAAUAUCCCACAGGCAGUGUUAUGGAUUGUUUUUAUCAAUAGAGAUCAGAUGUUAUAGCACAAACUAUAUCAAAGUCAUUCUUAAUUCACUUUAGUAUGUUUGUUUACUGAUCAGUGACAGUGGUCUGACUCCAGGUCAGGAAAACUGUCCCACCUCUAGCAAAGGCGUAACUGUGGCACUGCCACACCCUCCUUACUGAUGAAUUUUGCUGAUAUUGUAGAAAUGUGCUGAAAUGGAAAAAAUAUAUAUAUAUAUAUAAAAAAAAAUAACGAAUUAAUGCAUUCUGGUUGUAUAUGCGUAUACUAUAUUAUUUUUGUUAGUUUUUAAAUAAACAAUAAUGGAGAGUUUGUGUUCAAGAUUGAAAGUAGAUUUUAUUUGAGAAAUCUGAUAAAAAUGAUUUGUCUAUUGUUGUUGUAUGUUCUUUAAAAGGAAAGAGAAAACACUUGUGUCAAUUAUACUGUAUACAUCAUAAGAUUUAAAACAUUUCUGUCAAGUGUAUUUCAUAUUUUUUGUUUGUUUAUUUUUUAAACUUAAUGUGAUAUCCAUUAACUUUGCACUUCUCCAUAAUAAUAUAUAUUUUUAAAAUCUCCUAAUGUUUUUUUGGGGAAAGACCCUAAAACCCAGUCAUUUAUUACACAUAAUUUUGUUUAUUCUGGAAUUAUUUAAAAACAUUAUAUGGCAAAAUAUAUUAGCUUACAUACCUCAAUAAAAAAAAAAUGAG